UCAUCCUCAUCACCCUCAUCCUCAUCACCUUCCUCUCCUCUUCCUUCACCUGCAUCACCAUUACCCUCAUCAUCACCACAAUCACCGGUAACACCACUAGAGAGAAUUGAAGAAGAUUCUCUCACGGUGACCGAUUCUUCUCACCCUCUUCUCGAGGCCCAAGCUUCGGGGGUCUCUGCUGUCAAGCAAGAAAAUCCUACACGAGAUGGAGAGUCCAAAGGCAGGAAAAAAUCCACUAAUAAAUAUUCAGGUUCACACGAAGUUGGUACGAUUAACCCAAGGUACCUUCGCGACAAUUGCAGUGAUUCCGACAGUCUCAGCACAUCACCUGACAGUCUUAAUGCUGACAACGUCAGUAGAACUAGUCGUGAUAGCUGCAGCGGUGGCUCUCACUCGGAUAGUUUCAAGUCCUGUGUCAGUUCUGGGUAUGACAGCUGUAAUUCCUCCGGAGUUGCGACAGCGGCGACAACGCAAUCAUCAGCUGCGUCAAAUACCUUGUCUACAUCUGACACGUCUUCAGGCGACAACGAAAACCCUAAAUCAACUCUUGCAGAAGAUGUUCCUUCUGUUCAAAUUCCGAAGAGAGAUAAAACUAAAGGAUCAAAUUCUUCUAGCGACGAAGAGAGUCCACCGCCUCUUCCGAGUUCUCCUCCCCCAGAAACCCUCUCGUCCUCAGAUAUACCUCCAUUUUACGUCCCACCGUCAGGCUUCCCUCCUCCACUUUUCCAAGGUGGUAAAACAAUGUCGAGUGCGACGCCCCUAAUACAGAAGCUGACUAAAGCUCUAUCGGCGUCUACACCACACUUAGUCGACGACGAUGUUUCGAUAUCUUCAUCGAGCAGUUUUGAAAACCUUGAGAACGAAGACUUCGAACCUUCAGUAUCUGCAUCGUUAUCUUCAUCAACUCCUAAUUUAUCCCCUGCCUGCGCAACGCGUCAGUCAAGCAUCUGUAAAGUUUACAAGCAUUCUCUCGAUUCACCAAUUUCCGAAGAAGAUGGUGAGUUCAACACCACAUCUGAAAGCAUUGAUCCAACGAUGGAUCACUCCUCAAAGAAAAUUCAAUCUUCCAUCAAACCUGUUGCGCAAGCACGUAAGAAGUCAAAUGAAAAAGCUAGAAGCGACAGAAACGAAACUCCACCCAUUCCACCUCGCGUGAUAAAUAUCUCUGGUCCAACGAACGUAUGUCUGCCUGCAUCGGUAGACCUCACGUCUCCAAUCUACAAGCCUAUUCAAAGAUACUCAUCUGCAUCCGAUCGAUCUGAUUCCAAGUCACCAAACCGCUUGGCAUUCAUGGACCCUUUUAUAACCGAAUCGUCAAAUAGAGAAUCCUCUCCAUUUUCGAGGUUUAUACCCCAGCUCCCCGAUCGUGCUGUAGCAAAUUAUGAUAGAACUAGAAACUUCAUGCGCCGUAAUCUAAAGUCUCCUACUUUCUCCUCCUUCCGACAGUCUACUCGCAGCCUCACGUCGUCAGCGCUACAAAGCUUGAGAAAAUCUUCUCGCAAUUUGAAAUCUUCUUUGAUGUCUCUCACCAGAGCGGCAAGCAUGGAAGCAAUAGACAUACCUGCUUUACCAGGAGCUCGUGCAUCAGCUCUCAAUAUUUCGGCUCCCUGCAUACCCAGGCCAGUCGAAACAUUUGCUUACUGCCCUCCAUCUUCAAUAGAGAACGUCAAGCUCAAAUCAACCCAAAAUAAGACGAAAUUCUCGUCACUUCAUAAAAUUUCCAAAAAGGAGAGGACGGAUCUGAACUCAGCAACGCUGUUUAAGCCAAAUUCAAAAACGUCGACGCCAGAGCCGAGCUUGCCUGAAGAAACCGUGCCACAACUCAAGUCUUUCAAAACAUUUGGCGGCCUUGAUCAGAAUAAAAGAAAGAAACCAAGCAGAAAGAUUUCUCUUCCUGAUUUUCAUCGCUCGCUUGGUUCCCUUAAUGGACCGUACGGACAAAAAGAUAUUAUCCAGCCUGCAGUGUCUCUGGAUUCAUUGAACGAUUUAUAUGUAUUUUCUGAUGCUGAAGUGGACGAAAUUACGAGCAGUAUUGGUCGCAGUUUGACAUCGCAACCGACUCGCCCGAAGCUAGCAACAGUUGAAGAGUCUCAGGACAGUCAGGAAUCAACUAUACGAAUAAACCCAAGGAAUAGAUCUAAUGCAGUUGGAAAUAUGCCUGCAGAGAUGAAAACGGGUGGAAAUAAAACAAUUCAGCUUGACGAGGGUACAGCCAAACAUCCAAUGCCAACUCCAGUUAGAAAGAAGAAAUCGACGAAAGCUAAAGCAAAAGAUCCACCUCAACUUUCUAAUGAGAAGACUAAGCUGAGCGCCAACAGCCUUCCUGUCAAGGUAUUGCCAACUGAAAACCAAGCUCCUAUGCCUGCAAUCUUUUCUGAUAAGGAAAAUGCUGUUGAUGGUGAAGCACAGCAAAAACUUUCGAGGAGGGCUUCGUUUGGAUCGCCAAUGAAGUCAAAACUCAUAGUCGGAAUGCCAAUUGAUGAACGUCAGGCUGAACUGCAACAGAAGCUCCUUCAAUGUCUCAAAGUUAAGCUUGACGAGUAUAAUAUAAAAGGUACCGUAUCUCCGCUGCCAUCGCCUCUGUUUUCGGUUAACUUAGCACCUUCGCCAAAACAGCAACCGAAUGAUAAAAACGAAAAUUUGAUAGGCCCCAGUCAAAAUCUAGUAAGUGACGUGAGCCACGGUAAGGAAUUCCGUGGUAAAAACAAUGCCAAAAAUGAACAUAAAAACGACAUCGAUAUGCAAGAAAGAAAGACACAGAGAGAAAAUGAAAGACAAAGAAUUGCAACAGUUCAAGCAGAAUGCCACAGGCGAGAAGUCAAGGAAAAACUGGUUGAUAUUCAAGAAAAACGUCUACAAAAGAAUGCUGUCAAAUCUACAAUGAAUGAAGUGGUCGAUUUCAGCGAGCAAGUUGACCAAGAAGUCUACAAUGCAGAAGAAACGUCUGAUCCCAUAGUGUUUGAAGCAAAGAACUUACGAAUUAUUGAGUCGUUAAACGAGGAGGAACUUCUACGAGGAAGCAAACAACAACAACAAGAAGAUGGUCAAAAUUUGUCGGUCAGUGAAAGCGCCGAACUUGAAAAUUACUCAGAACAAGAACCGAAAAAGAUGGAAGAAACCCUUGAACACUCAAUGGUGCAGUCAGUAAAAGAGCCGGACCAAUGGAAUCUCCAGGAACUCGAGGAAUGGAAAAAUAUGAAAGCUACGGAGCUUCGAAAUAUCAAAGAGAAGGGGAAGCAUUUGGCCAACAAGCUGGAAGAACAAAAAGCUCUCUCGAACGAGGAUGAUGACAAAAAGAAGGAAUUGGAAAAAUUAAUUGAACUUAAGAAUCGUUCGCUUCAACUGCUCAAGGAGAAGCAAGAAAGAGAAUUAGCUCUUCGCAGAGAGAAGGAAGAACUUGAUAGAAAUCAGAAACUUCUCGAAGAAACCCUUCAACUAAAAGAUUUGGAACGCAAAUGUGCUAUAACUUUACAAAACCAUAAACCGUCUGACAGAGAAGCAACGAAAAAUACUGAAGCUAAGCAUUUGUAUCUUAAGAAACUCUUAGAAGCCGAGCUGGAGAAGGAAAACGAACAGAAAGAAGAAUUGCGUCAGCAUGAGCUACGACAAGAACAACUCCGGAAAGAAUUGGAGACUCAGUUAAAACAACAAGCCAUCAGCAUUCAAAAAAUUAAAUCAAGCCAGUCUGAAGAGGAAAAACUAAGCGUAGAGCUUGAUAAAAGAGACGGUAAGUCUAAGGAAAAAGAUGUAAUUUCUAAUUCUGAUGCCGAAGGGAAAGUAGAGAAUCCUAAAGCAUCCCAGAACAUCAGAAAGCAGCUCAUGUACCACCUGGAGCAACGCAAGUUACAACAACAGAUGAAGCUUCCAAAACCUCAAGUUACUCUGGACCACAAGACUGGGGCUAAUAGUGCAAUCAAUUCCAAAGAAGGUGAAACGCAAGAUAUCGUACCGAAGAAGCCUGUAUGGGAUGAGGAUGAUGGUACAGAGGCAGUCAACACGAACAUAUCUGACUUCAUAGGAUGCGAGCUAGUGAGAGAAACUGAAGGAUAUGUUGACGACGAACAACCAACAUCUUUGACGCUGCUUCCACCUCCUGAAAAUUUCUCAGAUGCUUUUUUGAACGGAGAUUACAACGACGAAUUUAAUGUCGAGUCAACGCGAGAUGACGCGGAAAUAGUUUCCAACGACCAUGUUAUUGUGGCUUCCUCUCCUGCAGCGACCCGCCCAUCUCUAAAGAAAAGAAAGUCAAAGCUUACUAAAAAAGUUACCUUUGGUGACGCUGACACCGAGAUCAAUUACUACCCAAAAGAAAGAGCUGAAGAGGAAGAACCCGAGGAUGAAAAAGAUUCACAACCGCAUUCUGAUUUUAAUUCUUUCACCUUAAAGCGGCAGAAAUUCAAACGCAAUUGUACGUCUGAAUCGUCUGCAAGUGUGAACCAAUUCCACGAGAAAGCUGAUUCAGACUGCUUGUACGAAAACUUGUCAACUAAAAAACCAUCAGAUCACUACUGUAAGAAUGCUCCUCCUCUCCCUGCAAAGAAGAAUCGUGUGACCAACUCCACGCACAAGGGACCUUCACCGGUGGCGCCUCCGACGCUGGAGACCGCAGGAGUUUUCCGUAGACGGGACGUGCAAGAGUCGCGUCCCGGUGAGGGCGACGAGAGCUUCGCCUAGCCUUACAUUGAGCAACCGGUCGUAUUAUUAUUUUUCCUCAGCCGUCGCACGGAUUGAACUUUUAUUCCAUAUCUAAUGAACUCUUGAAUGUGCAACGAUGGUUAGUAUUCCUUUCGAUUUUAACUGUAAAAGUAAUUAUGAGCUUCAAAUUAAUUGUAAAGCCUUGGUCUACGGAUUAGUUAACAUUAAUCAAUGCCUGUUCAAAAUACUGAUAACUUGACUGGCCGUUAGCAGAUAAUAGGUGAACUCAUUCAAAUUUCAACUUUGUAUUUGCAUCCCAAGCUCACAAGCUUUCUUUCAGGUCACUUGAAAAAUUACAUGAUUUUUAAACCGUCUCUCUUUAAUAUUUCAAAUAAAUCACAUACUUUAUCUUUAAUUGUGUUAUAAUCGAUCGUACGUGUUGCUCAGUAUAAGGUUGAUUACUCGCGGGAUUACUUCGCUUGACAGCACAUCAUACAUUUUAAUUUCAUGCUAUUUUUCAAAUCUAUUUAUCUUUGUGCAUAUGCAUGCACGCAUAUUCCGUGAUUUACUACUUUUCAUUUUGAAUUCUGACUGGUAUUUUUUUUUUGGGGUAAUAUUUCUGUUUUCUGAAAUUCAUUCUUAAUUUUUGAUGAACUUCAUUCUAUUUUCCAGGUUUCAUUUUACUGUCAGGCUCAAAUAAUUUUCAUUCACUAAUUUUAAAAAUUUCAUUCGUCAUUUAUUUCGCUAUCAUCUCAUAAUGUGGCACUCUGAACUGGCGUGGACAAGUAAUAUAAAAGGUUUAAUCCUUAAUGUGUUCACCAACACCCUAAACUUGACUUGGAACUCCGAGGUUUCAAAUCCUUCAGGCUUCAUCUACUUAUAAAAUUGGACUUUGUUCAUCAGAUAUUAAAAUUAGAUUGUGUUUCACAGCUCAUUGUACUUGAAAAAU